CACUUAUUUUCUUCCGCCACAGCUGGAAACACUGUGCUGAAAAACGUUACCCCACUUCUCAACAUGUCGUGAUAACCGUUCAUAUUUGCAUCUAUCUAAUUAUGAAAGAUAUGACGGGGAUUUUGACCAAACCUCACCUCUUGUAUGUUUUAUUGUUUAUGUUAUAUAAUUCUUAUAUUUUGAGAUUUUCUGUGACCGCACAAGAGAAUGUUGAGUCUCUGGAGCUCGUGCUGUCAGAGGAUGCAGUGUCUGACUUGGAGAACAGCCCCAAGUUUGUGGAGUCCGAAGACCUGGACUCUCUGCCAAAGAGACAGUUCAAGACAGCUGAAAUCGCAGAUGCUGUGAUGGGAACCGACGCACCCAUCGAUCCAUCUGAAAUUGAGUCCCUAUUCCCCAAAAAUGUGAAAGACUUCCAGUCAGGCUUUUCCCCGCCUUGUGAUGAGAACAGUGCCCAGUGUGGUUCACCUGCUCUGGCUGCCAAUGAAGCAUCCGUGGAGGAGGGGAGCGAUGAAUCGUCACAGCAGAUCACUCUUGACAUAGUGCGUGCGGACAUCAAGCCAACUGAGGAGCGGAACAGCACAGAGCCCGCCAAGACGUACAAGGUGAACUGUGAUAAGAGGAACAUCACAGGAAUGGACAAUUUCACAGUGCAGGUCCUCGACGCUUCACAGGACCUGAUGGAGUUCCUGAACGCUAAUGGCACCGAGUGCUCCGUGGUGUUGUUUUUUACUGCUUGGUGCCAGUUCUCAGCCAGCCUGGCACCUCACUUCAACGCACUGCCCCGAGUCUUUCCCAGCAUGCACUUCCUGGCACUGGAUGCUUCGCAGCACAGCAGUCUCUCCACAAGGUUUGGGACCGUGGCAGUGCCCAACAUUCUGCUAUUCCAGGGGGCCAAACCCAUGGCUCGCUUCAACCACACUGACAGAACGCUGGAGACACUCACCUCCUUCAUCGCUAACCAGACGGGGUUUGAAGUCAGCCCUGACAAUAACGUGACGGAUAUAGACCGCCUUGGCCCCCUCCCCAGCGUCCCGGUGAAGAGCAUCGACUGGCUGCUGGUCUUCUCUGUCCUCUUCAUCACAGGCUUCACUAUAUAUGCCAUCCUGCGGACAGAGAGCAUCCGCUGGCUCAUACCAGGACAGGACCACGAACAUCAGGACUGAAAACACAGACUGCAAGUCACUGGAUGUAAACGAUCAUUUUAUAAACAAUUUAAUUUGUUGUUAAAAUUAACAGUUGCUAAUUUGCUUAUGUUUCAAGUGUGUGAUGAACAAAAUAAAUAUAUGUGAGCCAUUGCGAUUUAUAAAUAAGAAUGUAAUGAUGUGUAGCUGUUAACAUUUCAGAGCUUUUGGCAAUGUUGGAUAAGUCAAAGAUACAGGCUUGUGUUUGUGUGUAGUUCUCUUCUAUGAUUUUUAUUAGAUAUUCUCUUUCAGCCAUAAUCCUGACGUACAAAGUACAAAAAAAAGCUAUGACUUUACAAUGGUGAGGUAGGAGCAAGAUCACAUUAAGCAAAAGCUGCAGUCAAGUGUAGUAAUUUACUAAUUUCAUUAAAACAAAAAUGAACAA